CUGAGUUCUAUUUAAAUAAUGGUAUUUUCUAUCUCCUGACUGGACAGAAACCCUGGAGUAGGGUUUGAACUUCCUACUUUCUGGUUUGCAUAUAUCUUAUUAAGAUAACUAAAGUACUUGCUACUUGCCACUCUUCAGACCCGGUCAGUGUAAUGUCAUCAGUGCAGCAGAUCAGUGUGAUGUGUGAUCUCUCAAUGUGAUCAAAAUCUCUGGACUAUUUUAGAGAGCAAGAGUGUUAACAUAGACCUGAAACAAGACCGUAAUGGUUGAACAAAGCACAAAGUGCUUCUGAGAUUUUUUGCAAAUUAAUAGGAAGAAAAAAGCAUUUGCUUCCAAGUUAUAAGAAUUGUGUUGAUUUGACCCCGUAAAAAUACUACAUCUUGAAUACUAGCUGCAAUUAGAGUCACGACUUUUCUGUGUUUAUAAUUCAUAGCUAUUCUCCAAGAUCCAUCUGUCUUAUAUUUAGAUCAAACAGGAGCAGCUGCAUUGGCAUGGAAGAAUCCUAUUUCAAGCUGGUUUACUGCUAUGCUCCACUGUUUUGGUGGAGGAAUUUUAUCCUGUUUACUGCUUGCAGAGCCUCCAUUGAAGUUUCUUGCAAACCACACUAACAUAUUACUGGCAUCUUCAAUCUGGUAUAUUACAUUUUUUUGCCCGCAUGACCUAGUUUCCCAGGGCUAUUCAUAUCUACCUGUUCAACUACUGGCUUCGGGAAUGAAGGAAGUGACCAGAACUUGGAAAAUAGUAGGUGGAGUCACACAUGCUAAUAGCUAUUACAAAAAUGGCUGGAUAGUCAUGAUAGCUAUUGGAUGGGCCCGAGGUGCAGGUGGUACCAUUAUAACGAAUUUUGAGAGGUUGGUAAAAGGAGAUUGGAAACCAGAAGGUGAUGAAUGGCUGAAGAUGUCAUACCCUGCCAAGGUAACCCUGCUGGGGUCAGUUAUCUUCACAUUCCAGCACACCCAGCAUCUGGCAAUAUCAAAGCAUAAUCUUAUGUUCCUUUAUACCAUCUUUAUUGUGGCCACAAAGAUAACCAUGAUGACUACACAGACUUCUACUAUGACAUUUGCUCCUUUUGAGGAUACAUUGAGUUGGAUGCUAUUUGGCUGGCAGCAGCCGUUUUCAUCAUGUGAGAAGAAAAGUGAAGCAAAGUCACCUUCCAAUGGCGUUGGGUCAUUGGCCUCAAAGCCGGUAGAUGUUGCUUCAGAUAAUGUUAAAAAGAAACAUACUAAGAAGAAUGAAUAAAUUUACGUGAUGAGCUCUACAAGGCCAAAAAUUUUUUUUCUUAUCUACCUGUUAGAUUGUGCUAAUUUUUCUAUGUAUGUGAUGUGAAAUGAAGACUAUAUAUAUGGAAUGGAGGUGACAGAAAGAAAGAAAUUCUUUGUUUGAGGGAGACUUCCCCUUUCUGGAUUGUAAUUGUUGAGUGUGACGAGUGUAUCAUGUGAUUAUGCUUUACUGGUAUAAGAGAUUCUUUUGUGAUUAUUUGAAUAGUUUUAUAUUAAUAAAAGAAGACAAAAUUUUUUAAAUGUUAGAAAAAGCAGAUUUGUCAUUGCAAAGUAACAAAAAUUUUAAGCUUCUAAAAAUGUAGAUAUUUUCGUAUUUUUAAAAUUUGCAUCUAUUUGAGCUUUAGUUCAGCAGAAUUAAAUUUUUACUUGACAUUAUCAUUAAAAUUGCUAGGUAUGGAGAACAAUUCCUAUUUUAUUUUGAACACUGAGAAGAGUAAACUUUUCCUAAAACACUUUAUAUUAUAAAUGAAAAUAAAUUGCUAGUUUAUAUUUUAGAUAUAAACAUCAUAUUUUUUAUUAAUACCUACAUCAAAUGGAAAAUAUCUGAAAUUUUUUUUCCAUAGCAGGUAUUUUCUACUAGAAGUAGUUUUACUACUUUUCAUUUAGAACAGAGUAUGAGUCUUAAUCUGAAGUCUUUUUCAUGCCCUUGUUUUAAAAAAACUACUUUUUUUUGCCUCAAAAAAAUCAAGGGUGUAAUUUUUAAUAAAUUGUUAAUCCUAUGUUUUGUAAUUUUCAUUUUAGGAGCUUGACUUAUUUUUUUCUCUCUCAUAAAAACACAUUUGUUUUAAUUGUAGGAGAAAUUACUUUUCUCAGCAUUUUGCAUGUUCUUUCUAAUCUUCGUUGGUCUGAAUAUAUUGGUGGUAAUUACUGUAAUUAUUCAACAAAAAGUAUAUCCGUUCAAAAAUUUUUCCACUAUGUCUUUUUUCUAGUUGCUACUGUUUUAGUUUUCUAGUUGAAUAUCUCUGACAAGCUUUCAUAUGGUUUUGUUAUAUUUUCAUCUACAUGUAAUGUGUUAUUAAUUUUAUUAAAUGAAAACUAAUCACCUUCAUGUGGAAAUGCUCUGAGAAUUGUCCUUAGGCAUUUGGUAGUAACCAGCUAACCAAGAAGAAACAGAGAAACCAGAACUUCAUAUGGCAGUCCAUUUAGAUGAAGAAUGAUGAUAUAAAAUCUGGUUCCCUCUUAGCAAAAUAAAAAACAAACAAGAAAAGAUACUAAAUGAUGUUAAUUUUCUUACUUUAUUAUUUAGAAGUCCAGUUAUAAUAUUACAACUCUGUGACAUAGUUUCUUUUACCAAAACCAUGAACCUACUCCCCGUGUCAGGUAUUUUCGAUGGUUUAGAAGUACUCGAGUCACGUUCAAGUUAGAAGUUUUUUGUUGUUGUUGUUAUUUUAAAUUUUUAACAAAUAUAAACACCAGCAGAUACUAUUACUUGCUUAAAAAAUUGGGAGGGGGCACUUUUCAUAGUCUUGGAGUGCUAAGAAGUUUAUUUUUAAUAUUGUGACAGAAAGCUUUAAGUAUUUAAGAGCUCUGUGUUAUAUUUGAUACUCUUACAGUUAAAAACUUUUCAAAAUUAAUACAUUGUUAAUUAUUGACCAGUUUUGAAGUUUCGGUUUAACUGUAGUUGAAAUGGAAGGACUCUUGUUUUACACUUGUAUUAAAGAUAAAUUUAUUAAAAUAAGUUAUUUAGCACCAA